AUGAGCAAACGACCAGGUCAUGCCCAUUCUGUUUCUGAACCAAUUCUAAUGCAGACCUUCGACGGGGCCAACAUUGACAAGGAAUACCAGUUCUACGAUGAAGACGCUGCCAGAGUCAGCCAGAAAAUUGACGAGGAGCUCAAGAGAGACUGGGCGCGACGCAAGGAUGUCCAGAGAAGGCAGGUCAAGGUCAUGCUUCUUGGCCAGGCAGAAUCCGGAAAAUCUACACUCCAAAAGCAAUUCCAAUUGUACUACGCUCACCAUGCCCUCGAUCACGAACGUCCGCUAUGGCGUCCAGUCGUGUAUUUCAACAUCCUCAAGGCUGUCCGAAUGAUUCUCGACGAACUAGACUAUGAACUCAACAACCUUUCGAUUGAUGACUCAGUAGAAGGCCAAGCUGUUGCUCACGCCCUAGCUCCCUUGGGCGACCUGAGUGGGGAAUUCUCCAGGCUACGUACUAAGUUGGUGCCUCUGGUUGCGAUGGAGGAUUCGCUAGCAUCGGAACUCAGUGGAGGAGUCGCUGUGACCGGCGGCCGAACAGGUGUAUAUGUUCGUGCUGGAUGGCAGGCUCUUGUUACCCCUUUGUCGCCUAACCGGAGCCGUGCACUUCCUGGUACCGGCGGACUUUCCCCUGCUGUUGCUCAGAUGACCAGCUUGGCUUCGAGGACCCUCAUUGCUGUUCAAAAUGAGGUAGAUGAACUUUGGAAGCACCCUGCCGUUCGGAUACUCGUCAACAACAGGCGAAUCAGGCUUGAUGAGUCUGCACCAUUCUUCCUGGAUAGCAUCGGACGCAUCGCGCAGGCUGAUUACCUCCCCUCCACGGCCGAUCUUCUUAACGUCCGACUUCAAACACUCGGUGUGGCAGAACAUUCUUUUGACAUCGAGCUGUGCGGCUCUAGAUACAACUGGUUGAUGUACGACGUCGGCGGAGCUCGUGGCCAGCGCCACGCAUGGGUACCCUACUUUGAUGAUGCCACUGCGAUCAUCUUUUUGGCGCCAAUAAGUGCUUUUGAUCAAUACCUCGAAGAAGAUCCGCGGACAAAUAGAGUGGACGACUCGUUGCAACUCUUCACAGCUAUAUGCUCAAACAAACUCCUUAAGAACUCACACUUGGUGCUCAUGCUCAAUAAGACUGAUUUGCUACAGAAGAAACUAGAAGCUGGUGUCAAAGUGCGGAAAUAUAUCACAUCAUACGGCGACCGUCCAAACACCUACGCCGAUGUGUCAGAGUACUUCAGGGCACACUUUAUCCAAGUUCACAAGCGUCACGAUAUCAGUCGUCGAGCGUUGUAUGUUCACUUCACCUCUAUGCUAGAUAUCCGAGCAACGCAAGACAUUAUAGUCAAUGUGGGAGAGGCUAUCAUCCGAUCACAUAUCGCCAAGACUGGCCUUGCGUAA